AUGAGGAAAAGCCUCUCAAAACCCUUUUCCACCACCAUAGCCACACUCCUCCUAACACCAAAACCUUGGACCUCACUAUAUUUCUCCAUCGCCACUCAUCUCCCUCUGCCGGAAUGGGUCUACCCUUUCGACGAUCUUUCAGACCUCAUCACUCCAAAAUCGGGCCUCCAACCUUCCCCUUGGGUCCCCAAGAUCCUUCACAUUCUUAAGACCACAACCUUCGAACAAGAUUUGUCCGUCUUUUGCCACAAAUACCUAAUCAGAUUGCCUCCUACCUUCGUCGCCCAUAUCCUCAAGAAUUCGGACCAGUAUCCCAACCGGGCCGAUACCUCCUUUCGAUUUUUUAUCUGGGCCGGUAUGCAAAAAGGGUAUGUUCAUAACCUUGACUGUUAUGUCUAUAUGAUGGAGGUUUUGUGUUCGGAGUGUGUUUUUGAUAGGGUCAGGUUGGUUUUUGACGAUUUUAAGAGCAAGGGGUUGUUGCUGGAUUCAUCAUCGGCUAAUUCUCUUAUUAGGAGCUUUGGGAAUGGAGGGAUGGUUGAGGAGUUGCUUUGGGUUUGGAGAAGAAUGAAGGAUAGUGGGGUUGAGCCUAGUUUGUACACAUAUAAUUUUCUCAUCAAUGCUCUUGUUAAUUCAAUGUACAUAGAGUCCGCUGACAAGGUUUUUGAGCUUAUGGAAAAUGGCAAAGUCAAGCCGGAUGUCGUCACUUAUAACACCAUGAUCAAAGGGUAUUGUAAUUUGGGUAAUGCUAAAAUGGCUAUCGAAAAAUUUCAGGAUAUGGAGGCAAGGAGUGUGGGGCCGGACAAGAUUACUUUCCUGACUUUGAUGCAGGCUUGUUAUUCGGAGGGGAACAUCGAUUUUUGCUUGAGACUUUACAAUGAGAUGCAAGAUAAAGGAGUAGGUAUACCCCCACAUGCCUACAGCUUAGUGAUCAGUGGUCUUUGCAAGGAGGGCAAGUCAAUGGAAGGACACACAGUAUUCGAAAAUAUGCUUUCAAAUGGUUGUGAGCCCAAUGUGGCAAUUUAUACCGCCCUGAUUGAUGCGUACGCGAAAAAUGGGAACUUGGACACUGCCAUGGGGCUUUUCCAGAGGAUGCAAAGUGAUGGUUUUGAGCCUGACCAAGUUACAUAUGGAGUGAUUGUGAACAGUCUGUGCAAGAACAAGAGAUUAGAGGAGGCACUACAAUGGUUUGACUACUGCAAACAGAAAAAUGUCGCCAUUAAUGCUGUUUUAUAUUCUAGCAUCAUUGACGGCCUUGGAAAAGUAGGUAGAUUGGGGGAGGCUGAAAAGCUAUUUGAAGAGAUGGUUGAAAAGGGCUGCCCUCGGGACUCGUACUGCUAUAAUGUCUUGAUAGAUGCAUUAGCUAAAAAUGGGAAGGUUGAUGAAGCGUUGGUAGUUUUUGAGAGAAUGGAGAGCGAAGGCUGUGAUCAGACGGUGCAUACAUUCACAAUACUAAUCAGUAGCUUAUUUAAAGAGCACCGUAAUGAGGAGGCGUUGAAAUUUUGGCACGUGAUGAUCGAUAAAGGGAUCACGCCAACUGCUGCUUGUUUUCGGGCACUCUCAACGGGGCUUUGUCUUUCGGGCAAGGUCGCAAGGGCUUGUAAGAUAUUGGAUGAACUGGCACCGAUGGGAAUUGUGCUGGACACGGCUUUUGAGGAUAUGCUGAACGUUUUGUGCAAGGCUGGUCGUUUGGCUGAGGCGUGCAAGCUGGCGGAUGGAGUUAUUGAGCGAGGGCGAGAAGUUCCGGGGAGGGUUCGUACUGUUAUGAUAAAUGCAUUGAGGAAGGCUGGCAAUGCAGAUCUGGCUAUGAAGUUGAUGCACAGUAAGGUUGGGGUAGGGUAUGAUAGGAUGCGUAGUGUUAAAAAGCGGGUUAAAUUUCGAACUCUGGUUGAGAGUUGA